CGUGGAUAGACGGCCAAACUGAGCAACGCUCGCGAAUAAAACGUGUCCAAAAACUGACUUCGAACCAAUCCUGAACAACUCGCAACUGAAAAUAGUGCGUUCUCGCAGGUUUUACAAGUGUGACAUUUGGUGCUUGAUAGUUCGGUGCUCGAAGUACUGAAACGUGACUGUGUUUUUCAGGAUAAAGGAUUCGUUUGACAAGGUCGCCAUCAUCGACAUCACGAAUCGAUCUUAUCACCGGUCGAAGACAACGACGAUGAGUCAGUAGAUUGAAUCGGCGUUCACGAGUUCCACAUAAACUUUAACGUUUCGCGAAUCGUCUCCUCCAACUUUCCGGAUAAAGCGUUAUCGCGUUGUUUAUAGUCGGAUUUGAUAAUAACGCGCCAAGAAAGUAUGAACAGUCCUCGAAGAAGGGACUUGGUGUGCUAAAGGACGAGAGUGUCGCGUUUGACGGGAUCAGAGUGCGGUAUGCUGUGUUUAUGUCGGUAGUGCAGGAUGUCAGCGAGUGCUAAAAUGUUAGUGGUACUCACUGUGGGAUUGUGCUUUCUUCGUCUGGGGUUAGGAAAUUCCAAUGCGGAUGCUGGUGAAUGUCGGACGGCGUUGGGGAUGGAAGAGGGUCGCAUCCCUGACCACGCCAUCUCGGCGAGCUCUUCAUACGAAGCGAAAUCUGUGGGACCCCAAAAUGCAAGGAUACGGCAAGAAAAGAACGGUGGUGCCUGGUGCCCGAAGGCCCAGAUCAGUAGCGAAGUCCGGGAGUACCUCGAAGUCGACCUCCAGAAGGACCAUUUGGUGACCUGGACCGAAACGCAAGGCCGCUUCGGCAACGGUCAAGGCCAAGAAUACGCCGAAGCUUUCCUAGUCGAGUACUGGCGAAAUUCGCUGAACAGAUGGUUCACCUACAAGGACUCCCGGGGGGAAAAGGUGUUAACGGGAAACAGCAACACUUACCUGGUGGUGAGGCAGCGUCUGGAAUUGCCCUUCAUUGCCAGCAAAGUGAGGUUUAUUCCGUAUAGCGAACAUCCAAGGACCGUCUGCAUGCGUGUGGAGUUGUACGGAUGCUCCUGGGAACAAAACAUCAUGAGGUACAACGCGCCCCGAGGGGAAUCGCGGGACCCAGAUGUUAAUCUAGAGGAUAUCAGCUACGAUGGGAUCCUGGAAGGGGGGCAAAUGAAGGGCGGACUGGGGCAGCUGGUGGACGGGCUGUAUGGGGAUGACGACUAUCAGAAGAAGCUACAAGGGGAGAACUCAGGAAGCCGCUGGGUGGGCUGGAAUAACGACACUCGGGAGGGUGAGCCGCUCGAUAUCACCUUUGAAUUCGAUAGCAUCAGGGAGUUCAGUGCUGUUCACCUUCAUGCCAACAACAUGUUCACCCGUGGUGUGCAGGUGUUUAGCCAAGCAGAGAUAUGGUUCAGCCUGGAUGGGGAUCGUUACCAGCCGAAUCCGAUAAGGGCCACAGUUCCGGCCGACCGUGCCCGGGAAUCAGCCCGGAACAUCACCGUGCAACUUCGAGGUCGGCCGGCGAAGUUUAUCAAACUGAGACUGUCUUUUGCAGACAAGUGGAUACUGCUCAGCGAGAUUUCCUUCGAGUCCGUAUCUCUCACCAACAACUUAACCGAAGACAUCGUCGAAAAAUACUACCUUCAACCCGACUCCGUGUCCUCGACGACCUCUCCGGGGGCUCCCAGCGGCGAAACCACCCACGCCCGAAAGGAAGUCACCCCCGCCACCAGCCCUACGAGCAGCGCUCAAGCCUACAUCGGCCUGAUAACGGGAGUUCUGGCCAUGGUGGUCCUUUUGUUGGCCUGUACUGUCUUCCUGAUGAUAAGAAGGGGACGUAAAAAAGUAGCUCUCCUUCACAAGCACACGGCUUUAGUAUCCAGCAGCACUAAGCCCGGGGUCACUAUUAACAUGAAAGAUCUGAAACAUAUGUCCACCCCUAUCAUCAACAAUGGCCUGUCGAGGUCGAGGCUGUCGGUGAAAAGCAAAGUGAACACGAUUGGUUCAGUGGACUCGAAGAAGAGCAAGAAGAGUACGCUUUAUGGACAUGUGGCCGGCGAGGAGUCGGAUAGCGAAAAUUCGUCCGUUUAUCACGAACCGUAUAAACUACUCCCGAAUGCCAAGCAGGAGUACGGCUGUUUGCUCAAAAAGGACGCGAUUUCGUCGAGCAAAAGUGGAGAGUACACAGGUAAGAAAGACUUCACGAGCGUAAAUAGCUUCCAGGAAGAUUUGAAAUUCACGUCGCCUUCCUUUUACAACUUGACGCCGCCGCCGCCGCCCACAUCCAGACCGCCGACGUACGACGUCCAGAAUUACCAAACCCCGACCAAUACACCAAACGGAACGAUUCCUGCUGAGAACUACUACGCCGCCACGGACAUAAUAAAGGGCGAGAGGCGCGAGCAGCAUUUCACCCCGGGCCGGUUCACCCCCAUCAAGCUGCCCGAAGGGCCGCCGCUGGAGGGGGUGGCUCACCUGCUAGACUUCCCGAGACAUAGACUGCGCCUCCUCGAGAAGCUAGGAGAGGGCGACUUCGGAAUGGUGCAUUUGUGUGAGGCGGAGGGACUUCCGGAUUUUAACGGGGGAUCGUCCUUUCACAAAAAGCAAAUAGUUAUUGUUAAAAGCCUGUGGAGAGGGUGCGGAGACACAAAAAGGCACGAGUUCCUGAGGGAGACCAGCUGGCUGGCGGGACUCCGAGACCCCAAUCUGGCGCGGGUGGUGGGGCUGUGCAGCCAGGACGAGCCCAUGUGCGCACUUCUGGAGCACUCGGAACCGGGGGACCUGCCCAGGUUCCUGGCGCAGAGGGCCGUCAGUGAGGAUGGCAACCAAGUCGGACCAACUGUAAGUUACGGCUGUCUCAUAUACGUAGCCACCCAGAUUGCUUCCGGGAUGAAGUACCUAGAAUCUUUAGACUUGGUCCACAGGGAUUUAGCCGCAAGGAAUUGUGUAAUAGAUAAGAGCUUCACUGUGAAAAUAUCCGAUCAUGCCAUGUAUUGCGAUAGAUACGAAUCGGACUACUACAUUAGUGAUACGAAAGCCAGACUUCCUAUUCGAUGGAUGUCGUGGGAGAGCUUGUUACUGGGCCGACAAACGACCAAGAGCGACGUGUGGGCGUUCGCCGUGACCCUGUGGGAAAUCUUGAUGUUGUGCACCCAGCAGCCUUACGCAGAACUCACCAGCGAGCAAGUCGUCGAGAACUGCAACCACUGGUACCAGAACGACGGUUGUCAGAGGUACCUGCCGCGACCGGCGGCCUGUCCCCGCGAGAUCUACGAUCUAAUGGGCGAAUGCUGGAAGAGGAACGCGACUGAUAGACCUCGGUUCGCCGAGAUCCACUUGUUCUUGCAGAGGAAGAACCUGGGCUAUAUGCCGGCGCCCACUCAAGUGUAACCCGUGAACUGGCCCUAACGACUGUUAAUCAAUAUUUGACUGUGUAUGUUGUGUUCGAAUGGACUCGAUGUCUCUUAUUUUACGAUUUGAAUGUUCACUGAUGCAGGUUAUAAGGACCGAUUUGUUUCCAACAUUCCCUCAUGUACUCGGUAAAUAAGGUUGUUCAAGCUUUUUUCAUGAAUGUGAACCCAUUGUGAUAUCGCACUGAUUUUGUGCAAAUUAAACCAUAUCGUUCUAUCAAGUUGUAGAUUGACCAAGGCAGCUGCUCGGUAUGACAGUUUUUCGAGGAACUGAGUAGAACGAGACGUCAAUGAUGGAAGGCCUUCAAAGAGAAAAAUUGGGUACCGAAUAGUUUCUUCAAUAAUUUUUAACUUAGACUCUAAAGGACCUGUUUCUUAAUUACGUGCUUCCUGUAUGUGUCGAUUCAUACACUUUACAUGGUAUAAUUAUUAAGUGUAUUUUUGGUUGGUUUUUGUACAAUACCAUUUUUGGAAAGUAGUUCACCUACUUUGCGGAUUCACUUACAAUGAAUUAACAAAUCCUUCAAUUACCCGUUCGGGAUGUACAUUCUAGUCAGAAAUGUGUAGGAUAUAAGUCUAAAUAUAAUAAAAUACGAAAAAUGCUGUUGUAAUGGUAUCUUUAUUGAAUUUUACAUUGUGUACUUAAGAUGAAUAUAUUUAACUGCCGAAACACGUCAAAGUUGUGAUCCACAUUUAUGGUAGCGCUAUUUUGUUUCACGAUGAAGGCUCAAGACACACUCAUUUCGGUUCUUAUUAUCCAAUCACCAUUUUAGUUCGAGGCGUCUCAUUAUUAAAUGUGAUUAUUUUGUUAGGUAUUUGUAUUUUUAUAACGAUCGUACUUACUUAACGUAAAAUUUCCAGUGCCAUUUACCUUGUAAAUAAGAACCUUUGUAAAUAAAUGAUAGUAUGAAUGAUUCAUAAUGUACCAAGGAUGUAUACAGGCAUGAAUAUUUUAGAUAUAAAUCCUAAACUUAAGUAUAGUUAGUUUUAAGUAUGAUAACGUAAUAUUUUCUAUAAACACGAUCUUGUUGGAGAAACCAAUAAUUAAGUAUACUUCUAAAUUCCAUUCGACAAAAAUUAUUUUGGUUAGCAUGUGUGUAUUGUUAUUAAAAAAGUACAAUUUACAAUUUUAUAAUUUCAAACACAUGCAAAUCAUCUUAAUUUAAUUUAAAGGCACGAGACAAUCAAGUGCGUGAAUUAAGUCAUGCUUAGAUAAGCAUAGCACAUUAGUAUUAGCGCCUUUAAACCCGGCAAUUCGAUUUUUCAAUGUGUUGCACAGUACAGCUUAAUCGACAUCCUCUAGGACCACAUUUCUUAUAAAAUCGUUUCCAUUAAAAAAGUUUCAAGAAAUUUCUAUUGUGUAACCACACCCUGUUUGUAACACAUAAGCAAAGCUCUUUAUGUCGACGUUUUUAUAUAGAUGUUUAAUUCAUACAUAUCACUGAUAAAUUAUUUCCAUUUUCAUUAGCAUGUGUCGAUCGUAUAUGUGUUUCUGUAAAUACAUGAGA